AUGGUGAAUCCAGACUAUGAUCAAGGCCCAUCCAAACUUAUUUGCGACGACUUCAGCCCAGCAAAUGUGAUUGUUAAGAGUCAAGACGAUCUCACAAUUGUUGGAAUGGUGGAACUAGAAUGGGUUUAUGGAGGUCCAGCCCAGCUAUUCGCAUCAGCACCUUGGUGGCUUCUUUUCGAUCGGUCGAUUAAUGAAGAUUGGGAUUUUGUGGAUGAAAAGCCUCCCGAGGUAACACCCCGUUAUCUCAAACAUCUUGAAAUGUUCAAACGCAUCUUGGAUGAAGAAGAGGGAAGGAUAUCAGAGCCUCAUGAGAACGAGCUCUCUUUGACUGGUUUACUUUCCCCUCUCUUUGCUUCCCGGGCUUUACACCGCAAAGGUCAUUUUAUUCGUGGGUAUAGUCCAGCAGGCCUCUGGUUGAGCGGGGUUUGA